AUGUCUGCCAUUGCUACUAUUGAACAAGCUUUGAGAGACAGUGGCACACGACAGACUGCAGAGAAUGAAGGAUGGACAAUGGACAUUAAGACAGAUGCCCAUGAUCCACACAAAUAUAUUGUUAGGCUGAGAAGACCAGAAGGGUCUAGUGGUGCUGCGACCAGAGUCAACCAAGCACUUCAACGAUCUAAGAGGACGCUCAAAAAAGUUGAAAUCAAAGCCGAUCAGAAUGGAAACGUUGAUUUAGCAGCAGCCCACCGUGCGGUUGGGUAUGGAUUUCUUUCAGCAUUCAAUUCAAGUGGAAAGCAGCAUGGGAGGCAGAACAAGCUCAAAAACAAGGCGGGCCGUCAACCUAGCAAUACCGGAAACUCGCAGUGA